AUGUCCUCUUCCUCCCCCACCGGGCAGAUUGCAAGUGCGGCGGACAUCAAGCAGGAGAAUGGGAUGGAAAGCGCCUCGGAAGGGCAGGAGGCGCCCCGAGAAGUGGCGGGGGGCGCGGCGGCGGGGCUGAGCCCCCCGGCUCCAGCCCCUUUCCCCCUGGAGCCGGGGGACGCCUCGGCCGCCGCCGCAAGGGUGAGCGGAGAGGAAGGGGCAGUGGCGGCAGCGGCGGCGGAUCAGGUACAACUCCACUCGGAACUUCUGGGCAGGCACCACCACGCCGCGGCCGCCGUUGCCGCCGCCGCCGCCGCCGCGCAGACCCCACUGGCCUUCUCGCCCGACCAUGUCGCCUGCGUGUGCGAGGCGCUGCAGCAGGGGGGCAACCUGGACCGCCUGGCCCGGUUCCUGUGGUCCCUGCCCCAGAGCGACCUGCUACGUGGCAACGAGAGUCUGCUGAAGGCGCGGGCGCUGGUGGCCUUCCACCAGGGCAUCUACCCCGAGCUCUACAGCAUCCUCGAGAGCCACAGCUUCGAGUCGGCCAACCACCCGCUGCUGCAGCAGCUCUGGUACAAGGCGCGCUACACCGAGGCCGAGCGAGCCCGCGGCCGGCCACUGGGCGCCGUGGACAAGUACCGGCUGCGCAGGAAAUUCCCCCUGCCCCGCACCAUCUGGGACGGCGAGGAGACGGUGUAUUGUUUCAAGGAGAAGUCGCGCAACGCGCUCAAGGAGCUCUACAAGCAGAAUCGUUACCCUUCGCCCGCCGAGAAGCGGCACCUGGCCAAGAUCACCGGCCUCUCCCUCACCCAGGUCAGCAACUGGUUCAAGAACCGCCGGCAGCGCGAUCGGAACCCCUCAGAGACCCAGUCCAAAAGUGAGUCAGAUGGCAAUCCCAGCACUGAAGAUGAAUCCAGCAAGGGCCAUGAGGACUUGUCUCCUCAUCCACUCUCCGGUUCCUCCGAUAGUGUUGCCAACCUCAGCCUUCCCAGUCACAUGGAGCCAGUAUACAUGCAACAAAUUGGAAAUGCUAAGAUCUCAUUAAGCUCUUCUGGAGUUUUGUUGAACGGAAGCUUGGUGCCCGCUAGUACUUCACCUGUCUUUCUUAAUGGUAAUUCUUUCAUUCAGGGACCCAAUGGAGUCAUCCUUAAUGGAUUAAAUGUGGGGAAUACACAGACUGUGUCAUUGAACCCACCAAAAAUGGCCUCAAACAUUGUGAGCAAUGGUAUAUCCAUGAGUGACAUACUGGGGUCUACCUCCCAGGAUGUGAAGGAAUUCAAAGUCCUCCAGAGUUCUUCAGCUAACUCAGCAGCCACCACGUCUUACAGCUCCAGUGCCCCUGUGUCAUUCCCAGGGCUCAUCCCCAGCACUGAGGUUAAAAGAGAAGGUGUUCAAACAGUGGCUUCCCAGGACGGAGGCUCUGUGGUGACUUUUACUACACCAGUGCAAAUUAACCAAUAUGGCAUUGUCCAGAUCCCCAAUUCCGGAACGAACAGCCAGUUCCUUAAUGGGAGCAUUGGAUUCUCUCCACUGCAGCUGCCUUCUGUUUCCGUAGCCGCUUCACAAGGUAAUAUUUCAGUAAAUUCAAGCACUUCAGAUGGGAGCACAUUUACAAGUGAGUCUACCACAGUCCAGCAAGGAAAGGUUUUCUUGAGCUCUCUUGCUCCCAGUGCAGUGGUAUACACUGUUCCUAAUUCAGGCCAGACUAUAGGAUCUGUUAAACAGGAGGGCUUGGAGAGGAGCCUGGUAUUUUCUCAGUUGAUGCCUGUCAAUCAGAAUCCACAAAUAAAUGCAAACCUGUCUUCUGAAAAUAUCUCGGGGAGUGGCCUCCAUCCAUUGGCCUCCUCAUUAGUUAACGUAUCCCCAACUCACAAUUUUUCCCUGACUCCCCCUACCUUACUAAAUCCCACUGAGUUAAACCCUGACAUUGCUGAGAGCCAGCCAAUGUCUGCACCUGUGGCAAGCAAGUCUACUGUGACAUCUGUCAGCAACACUAACUAUGCAACUCUUCAGAACUGUUCCCUCAUUGCUGGUCAAGAUCUAUUGUCAGUCCCCAUGACCCAGGCUGCCCUUGGGGAAAUUGUUCCUACGGCUGAAGACCAGGUGGGUCACCCUUCCCCAGCAGUACACCAGGAUUUUGUCAGAGAACAUCGUUUGGUUCUGCAAUCAGUAGCUAACAUAAAAGAGAAUUUCUUAACAAAUUCUGAGGGCAAAGCCACAAGCAACUUAAUGAUGCUGGACUCAAAAUCCAAGUAUGUCCUAGAGGGCAUGGUCGAGACUGUCUGUGAAGAUCUGGAAACAGAGAAAAAAGAGCUUGCCAAGCUCCAAACUGUCCAGUUGGAUGAAGAUAUGCAAGACUUAUAAACUUGAGUUCCCACCCACCCCUCCGCCCCCUCCCUUUUUUUCUGGCAUCAGCAGGCAGAUCUUUUCAUGAAGCCCUGAGGACAUAAAGCAUUUUCCCAUUUACAGGGAAACACUAGUUUUGUGAGUAAAUGCAUUCAAGGGACUGGAUUGAUCUGCAUGAAGAUCACAGUUAGAUAUACAAGAGUAGAACUGCGUUGCCGCAGCUUUUUCGUUCACGAAUGUUCUCUUUUAAAUAGAUGGAGACAAAGGAACAAGAUGAAAUAUACCAAGUCAAAGUGUAUCAUUCGGUUGACUUAAUAUAAUUCUGAGGUCAAAUGGAACUCUAUAGUUCUUUAAAUUUAAACUGUAUACACCUGACAUUGGCAUUAGAAACAAUAGUUAUUUUUGUUUACUUUUACUCCAUGGGCAUUGAUGAGGUUAAGAAGCAUAAAUGGUACUCCGCACUAUUGUAAGGGUUUAUUUUUGAAUAUAUGCAUUUCUGUUUUUCAGCCUUUUUUGUGAAAGUCUUGGUUUGUCUCUACACAUUUCCAAAUGUGCUUGCUAAUAGUCCAG